CAUUGUCAACAAAGUCUCACCCCACCUUGGAAGGCCAGUGUCUAGCUGGAGAAUUGAGGAAGCAACUGGGGACUUAGAAUCAACCAGUCAUCCUCUCUCAAAAGGCAAAAAGCAAGAAGUAAAAAAUGAAGACAAACUACCUUGAAAUGGUCCCUGUGAUGUUGGCAGCCGUGAUCCUGAUGGAAAGUUUUCAGGUUAAGGGUCAUAUUUUAAGCAUGUCUACCAAUACUUUUGAUGACCAAUACCUGAAGUGUGCUGCAAGAAUGGAAACCAAAUUUGUUCCCAGAUUGCUCAUUGAGGAAAAAAGCAACCAUAAGCUCUUCCAUUCCGUGUGGACAGAAGCAGCAUCCCAGUGGGAUUUAAAGAGAGCACAGCUGUUGCUUCCUCCAGACUUUCAGGAUAAUCAUGGAAUAGCACUCAUGGCAUAUAUUUCACAAGCUCAGGGGCAGACCCCCUUUUACCAAGAGUUCAGCUCUGCUGUAGAAAAAGCUGGAACAUCUCGAGAUGAUUAUAUCUACAGCUUUCAAUUCAAAGCUUUACACUUUUAUCUGACAAGAGCCUUGCAGCUUCUGAGCCGAGAGUGUUCAGAGAGUUAUAGACGUCCAGCAUACAUCAAAAGCCCUUUUACUUCAUCUGGGCUUCGUGGAUAUGAUGAGAUCAGGUUUGCUCAUUUUACCUCUUUCAGUGUCAAACCUGAACCUUUAACUGGCUCCGAAACACUGUUCACUGUCUAUACAUGUUUUGGCAUUUCUACAAAAAUAAUUUCUGAUUCAGGAAAUGAAAGCAUCCUGAUACCUCUGAAUGAGGUUUUUAAAUUGACCCAGGAAGGAAACAGAACCAACUUUGUCCUUAGAAGUAUGAACAAGACCUGCAGCCAUUUUGACUGUGCGUACCUUGGAGGCUUGAAAACAGAAAACUGUGUGGACAGCACUGGACAGAUUAAGUCCAGAUAUGUCACUUUCCCUGGGUUGAAAUCCAAAGAAGAAGAAGAGAUCACUGAACGGAGAAGCCGUAAGCCCCAUGAUCCAGAAAAAAUGAAUGAAGAACAAGAGCCUGUUGAAGACCCUGGUCAGAGGAGUCUAGACUAUUUGGACAAUCCUGCUCCAGCUCUUAUUCCAUUUCCCAGCAACCACCCCACUGUGGCCUCUGCUUCCACCUCCUUUGGUGAGAUGCUUCUUCCCCUGUUUGGGAGAUUUAAUCUUUUGAUUGGUACUUUUGUUGUAAAGUUCUUUGUUCAUCUCUGAGCUGUACAGGCUCUUUAUUACUUAAAAUGUAUUGUAAUAAUAAGUGACUAGAUCUUGAUUAUUGACUGCUUAAGGAAAUUGAAAGGGAUGUGGAAUUCUUCAUAUUUUCUACUUAUAUACUAUAUGUAAUGCUUUUUGUAAACAGCACCCCAGUAAACUAGUAGUAAAGAUAUCUUAGAAUACUUGUUAAUCUUCCCUUGUGUAUCUAUGUAUUAAUCUCAUGACUGUAUAAAUUUGGUGUUUCUGAAUGAAUUCAAUAAAAGACUAAGAAAAAUAUAGAUCUGAAA